AUGUCGGUCGCGGCUGCCAUUCGUGCUGAAUGGCGCGCUAUUGCCAUUUGCUCGUUCGUUACCAUUGCUGCCUUCCAAUUUGGUUUUGAUUCGUCCUAUUACUCUGGCAUCCUGGCUAUGGAGCCGUUUAUUAAAGAAUAUGGCCAUUACGACGCUGCGACGGAUGCUUAUGCCCUGAGUGCAAGCAUGCAAUCUCUCACAACCAGUAUCAUCAAUGUUGGCGAGUUCGUCGGUGCCGUCUCGUCAUUUGUGGUAGGUGAUAGGAUUGGCCGCCGUGGAGGUCUAUUUGUGUCCAGCGCUUUUGUAGUCGCUGGCGUGAUCUUCCAAGUCGCUGCCGAUGAUUUGGGAUUGCUUAUAGUUGGUCGUCUUCUACUGGGUUACGCCGUGGGCUUGAUCUCAUGCCUAGUUCCCCUUUAUGUAGCAGAUUGCGCUCCGGCUCAGUUCCGGGGAGCUUUGGUCUCCCUAUACCAAUUCAGUGUAGGACUUGGUCUGCUGUUUGGAGUGGUUGUCGACAAUUCGACCAAGACCCGUCAAGAUAGCGGCGCCUACCGCAUUCCCAUGGCCGUUCAGCUGAUCUUCCCCAUAAUCCUUGUCCCCGGUCUGAUCUUAUUCGCUCCGGAAUCCCCUCGGUGGUUGUUGAAUAAAGGAGAGGUGGAGAAAGCGAGGAGGUCUCUUCGCCGCUUACAUGGAGACCGGCCCGAUUUCGUUGAAAGCGAAAUCCUGCACAUCACGGGUCUCAUUGAAGAAGAACGACAGACCGAGGGAUCUUGGAUGGACUUGUUGAAAUGGAAUGUUGAUGGACGGAAGGCAUACCUGGGAAUGGCACUGCAAGCAUGGCAACAAGCAUCGGGUAUCAACUUUAUUACCAGUUAUGGUAUCGUUUUCUUCAGUGCUAUUGGGAUGACAAACUCGUUUCUCAUCCAGAUGGGACUCUACCUGGUUCCAAUGCCCGCAGUCUGGCUCAACCAGUACUGCGUAGAGCGAUUCGGCCGUCGCCCGAUGAUGCUCAUAUCAACCAUUGCAGUGGCAGUCGUGUUGCUAAUCGUCGGUGGAGCCGGAACGGCAACUGACAAGACAUUGGGUAUUGAUCAAACGAUUGUAGGCAUGGUAUACAUCUUCAUGAUUGUCUUCAACCUGGCACUUGGACCAGUCGUCUGGGUUGUUACAUCCGAGAUCUCUACCGGCCCCAACCGCAGCAAGCUUAUGGCGACCUCGACUGGCGCUAAUUGGUUCUGCAGCUGGUUGGUCACAUUUACCUUCCCAUAUCUGUUCGAUACAGAUGCCGCCGGGCUGAGCGCCAAGGUCGGCUUCAUUUAUGGUAGUUUGAUGGUUGCGGCUUCUAUUUGGAUAUUUUUCUUCCUGCCUGAGACGUCUGGGCGCACACUUGAAGAGAUUCAGGUCAUGUUCCGGCAAGGUAUCCCGGCUCGGAAGUUCAAGACACACCAAGAGCUGACAUUGCCCCGUGAAUUGGAGGAGAAGGAGGAGGCCCAUGUUACUGAAGUGGAUAGUGUCUAG